UCUAAACAGAAACUAGUGCGAUCUGGUGAAAGUACCCGCCCACCUGAAGUUUCAGUCAGGCAGGUUUUCAAAGCUCGGGCAGGAAGCGCUGCGCAGAUAAUUAACACAGCAGCCAGGUGUAACAUCGAGACCGUCAUCACAUACAGCACUGCAAAGUGUUUGGCGCACAUCCAGAGCAAGAUGCGUACUCCAGCUUUAAUGAUCAUCGGAAUCGUUUUCGCUCCCUGUGGAUGGAUAUUUGACCUAACUUCCACCGUGGCCCCAGACUGGAGGGAAAUCAGAAGUAUUCCAGGUCAGUCGUCGGACACGUUUAUCCAGCAAGGCAUUUGGGACAUCUGUAAGGGAUCCGACUCCUCCCGGAACAUCCAGUGCAAUCAGCCCGAUACCGCAUACUUCCAAACCCAAAUAGUCAAUAUAGCCAAAGGCAUGAUGAUCGCCUCUUUGCUGGUAACAAUUUUGGGGAUAGCAGUGACUGCAGGCGGUAUCAGGUGUUGGACUGACAACUACAGCUGGAAAAUUGCUGGACUGGGAGGCAUUUUGAUCUUGAUUUCUGGAGUCCUGUGUCUCAUUCCAAUCGCCUGGUACACCUACCUCCUGAAUUCCAUCACCGCAUCAGGAACUGAUAUCCGUGUGGGUUACUGCAUUGUACUGGGCUACAUUGGAUCAAUUAUGGAGAUUCUGGGAGGUGGAGCGUUAAUUAUCGGGAUGUAUAAUUUGUGCUGCGGAAAGAAGAGAGAAGAGGAGAAACAGUAUCCUGUUAGAACAUUUCGGAAUACGCUCACACCCAGGCCAACAAUCAGACCCUUCGACGUGAUAAGUCGAGUUUCGGAUGUCAGCAGCGUACCAUACGCCAGGGAAUCGAUGGACGAGGGCGAUUUUACCAGACCACCUAAAUCGCAAAGUUAUAAACCAAACAAAAUGAACAAUAUACCUUGUGACUCCGAUUUAUAAGAAGAACACGUAGAAUUUUAUUUAAAAAACACCUGUAAAGUUCUACUCUUCAUGAACUCAAAAGUAAAGUUUCUAUUGUGCAUGACACGAUGGAAAAAAUAAUAAGCCUUUUUAGAUAUAAUAAUGGGAUAUUAAAUGCCCUUUCAUGAGUAUAAACAGAUUGCGUGCUUUGAUUUAUUAAAGUGCCAUUUUAGUCAUUUUAACGAGGAAGAAAUUGUUAUUUUAUGUUUGUCUUCUGUGCCUUUGUGUCUAUGGGGGACAGGAUAAGUCUUCAAGGGUCUGGAGGUCCAGUUGGCUGGGUGCUCCUGUCCAUGUGGAGUUUGCAUGAUCUGCCUGUGUUUGUGUUGGUGUUAGCACGUGCUCCAGUUUUCUCUCAGUAAUAUGUUGAUCAGGUUGUUUUUUGUUUUAAACUGAACCUUUUAUGAUGGAGGUUGCUGGGUAUCCCAGCUCACUGAUGCACCCUGUCAGAAAUAACAGCCCUUUUUCUUUCCGUUUGGAUAACUGUGUGGGUCUAUAUGCUUUUUUGUCUGUAUUCUAUAUUAUUUCUUAUGGCAUGCAAUGGAAAAAAAAGCAUGGUUAGAAAAAUGAAGAUUAUUCAUUCUUCUUAAACAUGGUUUUACAAUGAUGCACUUUAAGUGUGUACUGGUACUAUGUCUGUAUGAAUAAUAGGUACAAUGAUAAUGUGAAUACAUUAACAAAACUUUUCUAGCUUUAAAAUUUGGAGGUUUAUUAAUACUCAGUGUGCUCCAAUGCAUUGAGAAAAUAUUACCACCUCAAGCAUGAGAACAUUUUUUACAAAAAUGUAUUUUAAUGUAUUGUUUAAAAUAAAGAGAAUCAAAAGCAAUUGCUUUACUCACUAGCUUUAUGUAUUUAUGCAAACAUACUGUACUGUGUCAGUGUUGAAAAAAUACUCCUGUCAUUCUUGUAAGCUAAAAAGAAUGGACAACAAUUUAACAGUUAAAUGCAAUUUGCAUAUGGGAAAUAAGAUCAAGUGUAAAUCUAUAAAUUAAUCUAGUCAAACAGUCUCAAAUAUGGAUUUUAAUUGUGAUGUUUUUUAUUCAUGUUCCAAAUAAUAUAAAUAUGCCUGUUUACUUUUGUCUCUCCAUUUUAAAGAUCUCAACAUCAGAGAAAUUGAGAAAGGAUGCAAUUAGAGAUAGAUAAUAUACGGAAAUUGCAAAAAAAAAUGAAUAUGGAUGACAUUAUGUGGAUAGCCAAGUGUGAGUUAAACAAACAUCCCCAACUAACAUAUAGCUCCAUUUUCGACUGGAAUUGGCAACUGUUCAGAAAGAUCUUAUUUUACUUUGCGGUAAAUGUUGUCUAAUUAUUGCAAGGCGUGUCAAUCAGAACACUAGAAAUGAUCUUAUUCCAACUUAUCAAAUGUACAAAAUGUUGAAACAAUUGCAAAAAACGUUCUUCAGUGAUAAAAUACUACACACAUUUUUAAAAGUAUUAUUACUAAUCUAUUGCUUUUGUAAAUGACAACAGUUAUUUGUAAUAAACUAAUAUUUUGUCUUACUUGAAUGUAUUGUAUGUUUAUCUGUAUUACAGAAAUUUAUAUUUUAUGUUUAACAUUUUGGUCUUAACCGGAAAGCUUGAAAUCAUGGAUAUCUUAAAAUGUUUUAACGAAUACCUUGAGAAAUUAUG